CGCCAAAGGACGCGGUGGUUUGCUCAUCUCGAGAGCCAUGGAAAUGAUUGAUGUCCUCGUGUAUACGCACAGAAUCAUGGACCUUUAUCUCGGCAGCGAGGUUAAACGCAUCACGCUAGACAUCCUGACCGUCAAAAAGGAGGUCCGUGGAUGGGUUGCCUUCCUUUGUUGCUCUGGAUGUUGCGGCUGCACACACUCGUAGCAUGUUCAAGGGGCCUCCAGGCGUUCGAGACCAACCGGUUGAGCUAUUAUAUUCCGCUCGGACAAGUGACUCGGAACGUGAGAUCGUCUUUGCAGAGGAUGGUUCUUUGACGGUGGAGCAGCUGACAACCCGCAGUGGCAAUGUGGCGGAAGCCCUCCGAAGGGUUCAGUCUCACUUCGUGGCGGUUUGCCUACCCCGUGGUCCUGGGCUCAUCGUCGCCUUGUUAGGCGUGUGGCGUGCCAAGAAGGCCUAUGUGCCAUUGGAGCCGAGCUUUCCUCUACAGCGGAUUCGGUUCAUCCUUGAAGAUUCCGAGGCCUCGGUGGUGAUCACGGAGCGCGGCAGCGAGCCGCCGGCUUCGUUGGAGUGGCCUCGUUUGAGGUUGCAGUGGCCCAGUGGAGAGCCUGAAAUGGAUGAGGAACCUGCUCCCGCACCCGCCGUUGAGCAGGUGACGCAUUUGGCCUAUCUCAUUUACACAUCGGGCUCCACCGGAACACCAAAAGGAGUUCUCGUGCCGCAUUCUGCGGUGGCCAACGUCCUCAACGCUUUCGAAUCCCUCCGCAAGGAGAAGAGCACGGAGGAUGUCCUCCUGUCAGUGACAACUUUCUGCUUCGAUAUCUCCGUGCUGGAGAUGUUCUGGCCACUUUGCUAUGGCUUCAGCCUUCACCUAGCCUCUGCCGCUGAAAGCCGCAGCGGAGCGUUGCUGCGGCAGCGUUUGGAAGAGCUCAGCCGGAGAGCCGCAGCACGCGGUGGCCAAGUCAUUUUCCAGGCAACUCCAAGCAGCUUCAGAGGCCUCCUCAAUGCAGGCUGGCAAGGCGUUCACAACAACGUCUUCGCUAUUUGCGGCGGGGAGGCCUUCCCAGAUGCCUUGCUCGAGCCGUUGAGCCUGCGCUGUGAUCAGCUUUGGAAUGCCUACGGCCCUACUGAGACCACCAUUUGGUCGGCAGCCUUUGACGUCUCCAGUGCUGGGGCUUUGUCGUCGCUUCGGCCAGUGCCCAUCGGGACACCCAUCGCAGGGACUGACCUGAUGGUACUUGCUGAAGAAGGAGCUCUUGAAGAUCAAGGUCAGCUGCUAAUUGCUGGCUUGGGAGUCGCUGAUGGGUACCACCGUCGUCCGGACCUCACAGCCGAAAAGUUUGUGUCCCUACCAGGUGCUGUUCGGGCUUUCCAGAGUGGCGACUUGGUCCGCGUGACGGGGAACGUCUUGCAAUGUCUAGGGCGCAUGGAUCACCAGGUGAAGAUCCGUGGCUUUCGCCUGGAGCUGGGCGAAGUGGAGACGGUCCUCGAAAGGCAUCCGGAGGUAGAUGCAGCUGUUGCAUUGCUUCUGGACUGUGAUGAAGGCCCGGAGCUUUGUGCCUUUGUAACGAAGAAGAGCCAAGCUACGCGAGCGACGGAGCGGGGCGCACUACGUGGCGCCCUUCGGCGGCACGUGGCGGAAGCGCUCCCGAGCUACGCCCGGCCGCAGCGCCUGGCAGUGAUGGAGUCUUUCCCUUUGCUGCCGAGUGGCAAAGUGGAUCGACGGAGCUUGCAGCAAGGCCCGCGGCCUCCACCGCUGGCGGAAGCGGCCGAGGGAACCAUACACGAGUCUUUGGACGAGAUUGAUUGGCAAAGCCCCAGUCACGAGGAGGAGGCAGCCUUGCGGCAAGCUGUGGCGGAUCUCUUGGCCAUGGUGACCGGUGUCGUCCUUGAGGACACUGAGCCACUGGGUGCCUUGGGAAUCGACUCCAUGAGUGCCAUCCCCUUGGCCGAGCUGCUUUCCGCCCAGCUCCUCCGAAACGCUGAGCUGCCUCUGGAGGACCUCUAUGUCUACAAUACACUGCAAAGUCUUUGCGGCUACUUGAAAGGCCGCUUGGCAGAGAUGCCGAAGAAGCCGCCUGGCGGGGGUGGGACAAGUACAAAGAAAAGCGGGAAGACGUCUGGAAAGGCAUCUUAUGCCGAGCUGAAGAAAAGUCGACAGCCGAAGGGCGAGACAGACGGCACGAAGACGGCGAAGAUGGUGCCUGGAUUGGAGGCCUGUCGUGCUGGAGAUGUGGCCAAGUUGAAAGAGUUGCUCUUGGAUGGCUCAUUCCACGUGACCACGCUGGACCGCUUCGGCGGAAGUGGCCUCCACUGGGCCGCCAGUGCUGGGCAUCUCGAGGUUUGUCAUUUGCUGGUGAAGCAUCAGGCUUUGGUGGACUUUGCAGACAAGAAAUCUGGGCGAACGGCUUUGCACUGGGCCUCCAGGCAAGGGCAUCUCGAAGUGGUGCAAUGGUUACUUGAACAUCAAGUUCCAGUCGACCUCCAAACCAAGGACGAGACCACACCGUUUCAGCUUGCAGCUUGGGGUGGACAUGUGCACGUUUGCCAGUGGUUGCUUUUGCAAAAGGCCAACCUGAAUCAUCGCAAUUCUUGGUAUUGCUUGGCCCAUCACUUCGCAGCCUUAGCAGGAAUGACUGAAUGCUGCAAAUGGCUUCAAGAGCAGCGGGUUGACCUGGGUGCCACCAACAACCAAGGCCACAAUGCUUUGCACAAAGCUGCAUACGGUGGCCACGCAGAGCUUUGCAAGUGGCUCCAGGACGAGGCAACUUUAGAUCCUGAACAGCCAGAUGCCAGGGGCCAAAGCUGCUUUGCAUUGGCAAGGAAGGCUGGAUUCCAGGCGAAAUGAUGCCAUCUGGAUUACACGUCAGCAGCGUCCCACUGUGUAUGCACGAGUGCUGUUGAUUAGUGCCCAACUUGAUACUAGCCGCGUAUGUUGUUUCUUACCAAUAGGAAUAAUAUUUUUGAAUGUGAUUCGAUAGUUUUUAGACAAAUUAUAGAUUUCAAGAAAUCAAUAUGUGGCAUUCCAUGGCCAUGUUCCUUUACCAGCUCAUGAACAGAGAACCUCAGCUUUUUCUUUGAUGAUUCCCAUUGAUGUGACCACAAAUAGACAAAGUGACGCUAAGUCAGACAGGAAAGACAUAUGUUGUACCUGCAAUCAAAACUAACACCGGAUUGCA